AUAAAAAGGAGUAUUAUUUUUGGAAUUUCCGGGGGUGGAAUUCUUCAGAAAUCCCAGCUCGGUGAAUUCGUCGCCGGCGAGCAUGGAAAUAACGAGCAUGACCCAGGCCAUGCAGCUCCAUGCGCGAAUCCUCAAGUCCGGCGGUGCAUAUGAUUCCACUCACGCCCAAGAUUUCCACAAGCUCUUCACUUUCUCAGCUCUCUCACCUGCCGGAGACUUAAACUAUGCCCGCCAUAUCCUAAGGACCCUCCAUACUCCCAACUCCUUUUACUACAACACCAUGAUUCGUGCCUAUUCCGACUCACCCGACCCGACCCACGCCUUCGCCCUCUUCCUCCACAUGCAGAAUCCCGACGACCCCUCCGUCGCCGUCCCCCAACCCGACCAUUUCACCUACCCAUUUGUGCUCAAAGCUUGCUCCAAGUCCGGUCACGCCCGCUUCGGGAAGCAAAUCCAUGGCUUGGUUUUCAAGUCCGGUGUCGGUUCGGACAGGUAUAUUAACAAUGCUCUCAUCCAUUUUUACUCGGCUUCGGGUGACCCAAGCCUUGCUCUCAAGGUGUUUGAUAAAAUGCCUGACCGGGAUGUGGUUUCCUGGACGUCGAUUAUCGAUGGCUUUGUUGAUAACGAACGGCCCAUUGAGGCGAUCGGGUUGUUCACACACAUGAUUGAAAAUGGAAUUGAACCGAAUGAAGUUACGGUAGCUUCUGUGCUCAGAGCCUGUGCUGACACUGGAGCUUUGAACACUGGGAAAAGAAUCCAUAGCUUUGUGAAGGAAAAGGAUUUUAGUUCUAAUGCUAAUGUGAGUACUGCUCUGAUUGACAUGUAUGCGAAAUGCGGAUGCAUAGAUGGGGCAUUGCAAGUUUUUGAUGAAACAAUUGAUAAAGAUGUGUAUGUAUGGACAGCAAUCAUUGCUGGUCUUGCUAGUCAUGGACUAUGCAUGAAGGCUAUAGAGUUUUUCGAAGAUAUGAAGAAAUCUGAUGUAAAGAUGGAUGAAAGAGCAAUAACAGCUGUUCUAUCAGCAUAUAGAAAUGCUGGCUUGGUUAGCGAAGGCUUGUCAUUUUUCAGAAGAUUGAAGAAACAUAAGAUAAGGCCGACGAUUCAGCAUUAUGGAUGCAUUGUAGACAUGCUCACUCGAGCUGGACGUCUAAAAGAUGCUGAGGAGUUUAUUAGAAAGAUGCCCAUUGAACCAGAUGCUGUGUUAUGGAGGACACUGAUAUGGGGUUGUAAACUCCUUGGAGACGUGGAGAGGAGUGAGCGUCUAGUGAGAGAGCUUGAGCUUUUGAAUAUGGAUUCGCGGGACACAGGAAGCUAUGUGCUUCUUGAGAAUGUGUAUGCAGCAACUGGCAAAUGGGAGGAGAAGGCCAAAACACGAGAACUGAUGUAUCAGAGAGGGCUAAUGAAGCCCCCGGCAUGUAGUAGGAUUGAAAUCGAGGGGGUGGUUCACGAAUUCACAGCGGGAGACUCUAGACACGAUGAAGCCACAACUGUUUUUGAAAAACUGGAAGAGGUGGAGGAGAGGUUGAGAGGGGAAGGGUACAAUCCAAUAGUUUCUGAGGUGCUGCUUGAAAUUGAUGAUGACGAGAAAGCAUCUCAGUUGCUCCACCACAGCGAGAAACUUGCAGUUUCGUUUGGACUCAUGAAAUCAAGUCCAGGGUCUGUCAUAAGGAUUGUGAAGAACUUGAGGUCUUGUGAGGACUGCCAUUCUUUCAUGAAACUUAUCUCCAAGGUAUACCAGAGGGAUAUCAUUGUGAGAGAUAGGAUUCGUUUCCAUCAUUUUAGUGGUGGGAACUGCUCUUGUGGUGAUCAUUGGUAAUGGUUUUUGUUCUUUUGAUGAGAGUUGAUUAGAGUUCUUUU